AUGGCCAAGAGCUACUCCACCACGGACAUCAUCACCCAGAUGGGAGGCAGGCCAGGACAGCGAAGGCCGCCGGCGCCCCCGCCGCUGUCGUCAUCGGGAGGAGGAGGAGGAGGAGGAGAAGGGGCCAGCAGCAGCGGUGGAGGAGGCAAAAAAAGUUCGCCGUGGUCGGGGGUGAGCGAGCUCAUCCGGUACUUCAAGGAGCGGGAGACCGAGGAGAAGCAGCGGCUCGACAAGGAGAAGAAGGACAAGCGGGCGGCCAAGAGGGAGGCUGCCGCCGCCGCCGCCGCCAGCAGCAGCAGCACUUCACGGAAGAGCAGGCGCAUGGACAUGCUGGGCAUGCUCCUUCUCGACACCCCCUCCCGACGCGCCACCGACGCCUCGCUUCUCGCCACGUCGUCGUCGUCGUCAUCGUCGUCGUCAUCCGAGGAGAGUUCGUCGCUGCGCCGGAGCAAGCGGGGCGCGAAGGAGAAGCGGUCCAAGGAGAGCCCCAAGGACGACAAGGAGCAGCAGCAGCAGCCCACCGUCACGACCACGACGACGCCUACGACGACCGUGAGCAUCAGCUGCGAAGACCAGCAGCAGCACCAGCAGAAGGAGAAGGUCGCCGCAGAGGGUCCCCAGCCUGCCGCCUCUCCCCGCGGCGGCGGCGGCGGCCUGCGGAUGUCGCCGCGGGGAGCGGCGGCGGGCCUCAAGAAGGCGAUCAAGGAGGGGGCCAAGCGUAGCAAGGGGGGCGGCAAGGACGCGGCCGCGUUGACGGUGGUGAGCGAGCCCGUGCCCCUCUCCUCCUCGUACGACCCUCCUCCCCCUCCUUCGUCGUCGUCGUCGGGUUAUCCGCCGGUCCCUUCACCCCGCACGCCCCGCGGCACGCGCACCCACCCGGCGCCUCCCACCACGCCCCUCCCUCCCCUCCCCUCCCCCACCGCCGCCUCCACCGCCGUCUCGUCCGCUUUGCUCUCCGUCCCGGCCGGCCGCCGUCCUCCCGACUCGUCGAACCCCGCCGCCGCCGCCCCGGUCACCGCGCCUUCCUCGUCGUCAUCGGCCAUCGGCGGCGGCGACGACGACGACGUGGCGGAGGAGCACGCCACCGUGACUUCGCCCAGGAGCAGUGUCUCGCCCUCUUCUCCGUCGGCGGGGCGGCACGCCGGCCUGCCUUCGACGUCCGAGGACGCGGCGGCGACGUGGCGACGCCGCCUCGUCUCCGCCCUCGUGCGGGCCGGCGAAGCGGCCGCCCUGCGAGCGGAUUACGCGACGGCGGCCGACCGGUACGGGGAGGCGCUGGACGUGGAUGGCACGCUCCCCUACCUCCACCUGCGCCGAUGCGCCGCCCUCACCCGACUGGCCCGUCUGCCCGAUGCCCUGGUGGUGCCGGCGGCCGAGGAGCUCAAGCAGGCGUGUGCGCUGAGCGAGACGCAACUCACGCCAACGGCGGCGGGGCGCCUCCAGCGACUUGUGGCCCGCCUCGAGACAGCCGGGCUUGCCUCCCCCACCACCACCACGGUCCUGUAA